AACAAUAUAAAACACAAGAGGGGGAGGAUCCUAAAUAAUGGAAAGAAAAAUAUAAGUGCAACAAAGGAGAGGUGUCUAGUUGACGUGUGGAACUAAGUAGGCCAUGGGACAGGUUCAGAAGCCACAGUCCAGCGCAGAGAAGGUUCCAGCAAACGGCAAGCGCAACCUGCCCUUCCGUCACCCGGACUUCUCUGAUGACCAGAUCCGCCAGUUGACUGAUAUCGCCAGGUCGUACAAGUCCACCAGCUCCGUGGCGUCCAAACGCUCCACCUCCCGCCCCCAUUCGGGAUGCUCCUCCCCAAUCCUUUCCCCGACAAUCCAGAGGCUGCGGGCAGAAGGGUUCCCGCCGUUGGCUCGCUGUGGUUCUGACCCCGUGCUGCACGGCGCCCCGCCACAAACUGCCAUGAACACCGGCUCCUUACCCUCCGACAUACUGCCUUCCACCAGCUCCACCAUACCUGUUACCCGGAACCAUCGCAAACACCGAAGGGACCACAAAAUUCGCGACGCUGCUGCCAAAGACCCUGGUGGUGGCGGUGGCGCGGGGUCUGAGGUAAGCAGUGGGGGCAGCCGAGCGAGCGAUAGGGAGUUGCUGGCGAUUUUGAUGAACCGCCUGGUGGCCAUGGAAACCCAGCUCUCCCACGCCCGCCAGUCUCUUAAGCAGAGAGAUUUCCACAUCGCCGUGUUAGAGGAGAAAGUAAGGUUGUACAUGAAGGCGGAAGAAGACGCAGUGGGGAGCAAGAUGGGCUUCUUGGAAACACUGAAGGACACCAGAAUGUCCUCCGUCGAGGAGAAGUGUCGCAAGCUGGAGCGUCAGGUCAUGGAGAUGGAGAGAUUCCUUGGGGAGUACGGCAUGGUGUGGUGCGAGGCAGAGGAGACCUACUUGUUGGACAACCCCGUCAACGCCUCUUGCAGCUACUCGUCAUCGGAGGCCACCACGCCCAACAUCACGCCAUCACACACACCCCGGGCACACCCACGGGUCAGGAUCAAAAGACAUAGAAGGAAUCACAAGAACCGGGAAGUGCGGAGGGUAGUGGCCGAGUCCACCUCUAGGAGCAUCUCGUCUGAGGCGGAACCUUUCAGCCUCGACUAUGAAAAGCUGCUGGCCGCCAUCACUGAGCUGAACAUAGUGGCUCAGGGAGACGCUGCCGCCGAGGUAAUGUAUUCCUUCUCCGUGUUUGUCCUUCACCUGGUCACCUGCUUCUAUCAUGGCAUAUAACCUAACCCUUCGUGCUGGAGGCUUUAAAAUGAGCUUUUGUAAUGAAACCUUCCAAUUUUAACGUAACUCCCUAUAGAUCCGCCUCGCAUAUCUGAAGUAAGACGAAAUGCCUAAAAGUGCAGCUUUAUUAUUUGACCCACUUGAAGAAAAUCAUUGUUCUCAUAAGUUAUUCGUAAGAUUAUUGUUAUAUUAACGAUUAGCUCGUAGGGCAGGCACCACAACUGUGAAUGAGUGGUUACUUUUUUUUAAUUAAAAUUUAAGGCAUUGAGUGCAGUACCAACCAUACUGCUUCCUUGUGUAGCGAAGGAUUAUUAUUUAGUGUACCCACACUGUCUCUUAUAAGCUGCCAGGAUCCUGGGAUGCUAAAACUAGUUUGGCAAUAACGGAGAAGUGUCCUAGACUUACCACAGUUCACAUAGCACUCUUGUAAAUACAUAUUGUUACUUUCUUAGUACGCCUUGUUACUUUCUUAGAACGCCUUGUUACUUUCUUAAUACAUUUUGUUAUUUUCUUAAUAAAUCUUGUUACAUUCUUAUUACAACUUAUAACUUUCUUACUUAAGAUUGUUACUUUCUAAUUGCUUCCUUUUACUUUCUUAAUAAAUCUUGUUACUUCUUAUUUUAACUUUUAACUAACUUA